AAUGCUGCCAUUUCUACCAGUCAUUAAAAAUGAAUUUCCCUUUCGUAAAUGUAUCGUCGGCUUGUAAUUUAACCAUAUUAUUGUAUAUAUAUUUAUACGAAUACGUGUUUCUUUGAAUCAGUAAUAUACAGGAAAAAAAUGGCAACCGGUUAAAUUGUGUUUAUGAUACAGAGAUUUUUGCAAUUUCUCUCGUGUAUUCUAUCUACUCUAGCUUGAAUCAAUGAUUUUUCAAGGAUAUACCUGCAAAAGAUUCUUUAGUUGGAGAAACUCACUCAAUCUUUAGUGGGCUUUAACUUUGAGAUACAAAUAUUUAAUUGUAUUAGACCGUGGCAAUAAACAAUUUGCACAAUCUAUUUUGCAUUAACAUUAAUCUGUGAACCAUGCCUGGAGAACCAUCCGUAACAAGCGCUAACAAAGCAAGCGGAAAAACGAAAAGAAUCUCAAUACCUCGUGUACAAAGCAGCACAGAUACAGAAUUGCAGUCACAACAGAGUCAAAGUGGCUCUACACCAUUACAGCCUGUAGCACUGCACUAUGUAAGCUUUCGAUCAGAUAUCGAGGAAAGUCCUAUACCACCCACAUUGCGUUGUCGAUUAUUUGACCUAUUUCAACAAAUUGAAAAAGAAUUUGAGAUGCUCUGCACAGAAAAUCUUGGAUUACAGGAAAAAAUAGAUAUACUGAAUGAUCGUCUGGAAAGGGAAUGCUAUGGAUCUGGAGAACGCAGCCUACCUCCAGGGGACAUUCCAGACUACCCAGAUACAAAAGCACUUUCAAAACAAAAAUCUAUGGUUGGCUCAUCUGCCCAGAAAAUAAAGACUUCACACAAACUCAAAGCUCAAACUAGUAAAAUUGUAUCAAGUUUUAAGAAUCCAACUAUGUCCUGUACUAUGCAAAGAGAAUAUGUUGGUCAUAGAGAUGGUGUAUGGGAAGUUUCAGUAGGCAGAUUGGGUCAACCAAUUAUAGCAACUGCAUCUGCAGAUCAUACAGCACGAGUUUGGGCAUCAGAUUCUGGACGCUGUUUACUACAAUAUAUAGGUCAUAAUGGUUCUGUAAAUUCUGUUAGAUUUCAUCCAACUAGGGAUCUUGCUUUGACAGCAAGCGGAGAUGGUUCUGCUCAUGUAUGGCAAGCAGCAGUUGAUUGGGAUUUGCCUAAAAGAGUACCAUCUAUGGAAGAGCUUCCAACAAUGGGUGCAGAAAGAACAGCUGCAAGCAGCAUUAUUAGUAACAAUGAGGAACAAGAGGAACCUCCUACUUUACGAACUCCAAUACGAGAACUAUUAGGUCAUACGGGUGUUAUUAUGGCAGCAGAUUGGUUACCUGGUGCUGAACAAAUAGUUACAGCAUCAUGGGAUAGAACUGCAAACUUAUAUGAUGCAGAAACUGGAGAAAUAAUUCAUACUCUCUGUGGACAUGAUCAAGAACUAUCACAUGUAUCUACUCAUUACAUGCAAAGAUUAUGUGUCACAUCAAGUCGGGAUAGUACAUUUCGUCUGUGGGAUUUUAGAGAACCUAUACAUUCCGUAUCUGUUUUUCAAGGUCACACAGAAACAGUAACUUCAGCAGUUUUUACACGAGAGGAUAAAAUAGUCUCAGGAUCUGACGAUAGAAGUGUCAAAGUAUGGGAAUUACGUAAUAUAAGAAGUCCUUUAGCAACAAUUCGUGGUGAUAGCGCUGCUAACAGAUUGGCUGUUUCAAGUACAGGAAUUGUAGCUAUACCGCAUGACAAUAGACAAAUACGUCUUUUUGAUUUAACUGGACAACGUUUGGCAAGAUUGCCUAGGACUAGUAGACAGGGACAUCGCAGAAUGGUCUGUUCUGUAGCAUGGGCAGAAGAUAGUAGUAGUAUUUGUAAUUUGUUUUCUUGUGGAUUUGAUAGAUUAGUAGUAGGAUGGAGUAUUCUUCCUGUUAAGGAUGCCUGAGCAUCAAAAUCCGUUAUUAGAUCAAUCCUUACAUUAGAAUAAUGUUGAUCACAAAGGCAAUAUAGAAACAAAAUUAGAAAUGUAAUCGCAAACCAAAAAUCCAGUGAUCAAUCCAAUCAAAGAUCCACUUUUCCCAGUCUUACAGACAACUGUAAUGAAUAAUUAUAUUAAGCAGAAGAAUACUGGUACAUAAUGUAUAAUAUCAUCUAUAAUUUAAAAUGAAUCAAUAAAUGAUGGACUUAUUGAUAAA